AUGUCCAAAGAGGUCCUUCUCCUAGUGAAGGAGCACAUACAAGAUGUAAGGUCUUCAUUGCGGCGUGCACCCAAUGGUGAACUAGGCAACGAGAGCCCAGUAGCAGGUUACCACCCUAGGAGAAAGAAUUUAAAGAAAGUUACAGUGAAGUGCCUGCGCUCACUGAAAGGAACAAAAGAUAAGUUCUCCAAUCUAGACCUUUCUCCGGUCAAUCACACCCUUAACAUUGUGCCAGAAGUGCUAAGAGAAGUAAGGGCAACAGUCAUCGCUGUGGUGGAGUCGCUGUCAUCCCUAAUGAGCGUCCCCUGGCUGGACAGAAGAUCGGGCAAAGGGUUCAGCGCAACAAAGCUCAUGUUCUCAGGUGGCCGGAACGCAUGCAGUGUCUGGGACGUCACUACUCUACAGGGCACCGAGAAAAGGUUGGAAGAGGUGGAGAUAGCCAUCAACAAUCUCGAACUAGAGUUGGAUUGCAUGUUCAGACGCUUGAUUCAGACGAGAGUUUCGCUCCUCAACAUCCUCAGCUACUAG